AUGGCUCCUCAGCAGCAAAGAUCUAGCCUCUCGGCCCUCCUUCUCUUCCUUCUCCCACUUGGAGCCUUCGCCCAGCGCCUCGGGACCCUGAACUUCAUCGGCCUUCCCAUCUCCAACCCCAACGCCGCCAACAUCAUCCCCGACCGAUACUUGGUUGUGUGGAACAACACGUUCCCCAGCGAGCAAAUCGAGACCAAGCAAGCUCUCUUCACCGCAGACAUCAAGAAGCGCAAUGUCCAAAAGCGCAGCAUCUCUGGUUCUUUCCUCUCCACCGCGGUGCAGACCUACCGCUACAACAAGUUCAUGGCCAUGAGCUUCGAUUCGGAUUUCGAUAUGCUCCUCUCCAUUGCCGACCAGCCCGAAGUUGCCUACAUUGAGGCCGUGACCCGUGUCCAGGCCUCCGCCGUUGCCGCCCAGCAGAACGCUCCUCUUGGUCUCGUCCGCCUCUCCGCCGAGACUCUUCGCGAAAACAACCGAGGCACCCCCGGCUACAUCUUCGACACCAGCGGUGGCGAGGGUAUCACCGCCUACGUCGUCGACACCGGUAUCCGCAUCACCCACACCGAGUUCCAGGGUCGCGCUACCUUUGGUGCCAACUUCAUCAGCCCCGGAAGGGACGCCAACGAUGACAACGGCCACGGCAGCCACGUCGCCGGUACUAUUGGUGGCAGGACCUUUGGUGUCGCCAAGCAGGUUGACCUUGUUGCUGUCAAGGUUCUCGACGCCGAGGGUGGUGGCGCUACCGACGGUGUUCUCCAGGGCAUGCAGUUCGUUGUCGACGAUGUCCGUGCCAACAACCGCUCUGGCAAGGCUGUCAUGAACAUGUCUCUUGGUGGAUCUUUCUCUCGUGCCAUGAAUGCUGCCAUCGAGGCUCUCCGUCAGGCUGGUGUCGUUCCCAUCGUCGCUGCUGGCAACGAGAACGUUGAUGCCGCCGACACUUCACCUGCCUCUGCUCCCAACGCCAUCACCGUUGGCGCUAUCAACGCUGCCGAUGACCGCCGUGCCUCGUUCUCCAACUUCGGUGCCGUCGUCGACAUCUUCGCUCCCGGCGUCGACGUCACCUCGGUCGGCAUUGACAGCGACACUGCCACUGCCCGUCUCUCGGGUACCUCGAUGGCCAGCCCUCACGUUGCCGGCCUCGCUGCCUACCUCAUGUCCCUCGAGAGGAUUACCGAGGUCGAUAACGUCGUGGCCCGGAUGACCGAGCUUGCCGGCACUACUGGCGCCAGGGUGCGCGGUAACAGGGGUUCCACGACCAAUCUGAUUGCCUACAACGGUGCUCUUGAGCUUCUGUAA